AACGUAUAUUCAGCAUGAUAAUAUUAAAUAUAUGCAUUACACACACGCGCGCACACUGUGUAUUACAAAUCCGAGACCAGAGACUCGACUGCGAACAUGCUAGUAUUCAUUAUUAUGAUGUAUAAACAGUGUAAACGUAUAUGUAUAGGUACUUAUUCAGCACAAACGCAUACCGAAUUUAUUCGCUCCUGGAUAAUCGAUAUACGUGCAAACUCACAAGUGUAAUUAAUUGUCAUGCAGGAAAAAUCACUUACGAGGUUUGAUAUAAAAUAUUAUUUACAAAACUUAUAUAUCAGCAGCUGGUCGGGUUGCUUGUGAGAAAAAUGUACACUGAACUCAUACAGUGCAGAAUUUAAACUCUUUGGCUUUAGCGCGCGCGUUAAAUGAUUUUUAAACUUUUUAUCAGAAUUUCGAGGCUUUCCUCGAGUGACAUAAACAGUAUGCAAACAUUCGUGCUACUGUCUUCUACCACCUUGAGUUUUGCAAUCGGUUUAUACGUUUUCUUCAGUGUGGCACAGCGGAGCAGUAGCGUCACUGCACAACUGUCAGGCAGCGUUGAGACGUGUGAUGCUGAAGGCGAACCUAUCCUCAGCCCUGGGAUACCCGAUAUAAAAUGUUUUCACUGUACUUGCAAGAGUGGCAUGGUUCAAUGUGUUAAACAGAAUUGUUCCAAAAUUGAAGGUUGUUAUGUACUUCAAGAGUUACGAAAUGAUGAAUGUUGCCGAAAAUGCAAAGGUUGCAUGAAAAAUGGCGUUAUCACCGAAUCAUCUAUUCGUUGCCGUACUCCUUGCUCCAACCCAGUGCCACCAGCGCUUGGACAAUGCUGUCCCACGUGUCCAAACUGCCGUUUCAAGGGUAAAACAAUAAGCAAAGAAACGAGUAUUAUGCCCAAACAUGAUCCCUGCACUCUCUGCGACUGUACUUCUGGCAAACUGGCAUGCGCGAAGAAGGCUUGUCCAGUUCUAAAUUGUCCCGAAUCACAAAUCGUGCAUAGCUUCGAAGACUGUUGUCCGCGGUGUCAAGGUAGUGGCACGUACGUGGAUCCGCCGCGCCAAGGAGCCUGCCUGCUGCAGGGUCUGAAGUUACAUAAAUCUGGAACGCAAUUUACUCUGGACGAUUGCACGCACUGCAGCUGUGAAAAUUCAACCGUAUUUUGCCAGAGAGAAAGCUGUCCUAUUUUGAGCUGCAAACGAGAGCAGCAGACAACUUGGCCGGGUCAGUGUUGUCCCCAAUGCAUAGGCAGCGACAAUGGGCUCAACAUUAUAGAGACCGACCAAGCCAAAGAUAAAACUCAAGAAGUCGAAAAAUUAAACAGUUGCGCACACAGUGACACAAUAUAUAAGGAUGGCGCAACCUGGAAUACAGAAACGUGCGAGACUUGCACUUGUCAAGCAGGAAAAAUCAAAUGUUUAGCAAUGACGUGCCCAGCUAUUCGCUGUCCGCAACAUUCAAUUUUGGCAAUACCAGAGGGAGAGUGUUGCCCGCUAUGUGAGGAGCGGGAAAGCAAGGGCGUUUGCAGAGUGUUUGGUGGCUCGCACGUUCGCACAUUUGAUGGAAAGCUGUAUGCUUUCGUAGGUUCGUGCAAAUACCAAUUAGCCAGUGAUUGCGACGGCGGGACGUUCAAUAUUCGACUUAAAAAUACCGUGGUGGGCAAUGACGUUACGAUAAAGAGAGUAUCGUUGAGACUGGGCAAGAUAAAAGUUGAUCUUCAGCAAAACAAAAACAGCAAAGUAAACGACCGAAUUGUUGACUUGCCGUAUCGGAAACAAGACAAAUUAGAAGUAAAAGAGUUCAGUGGCAACAUUGUCGUUAGAUCGGAAAUUGGAAUCAAGGUUUUGUGGAAUUACAUGGGAUUCGUCGAAGUCACGAUACCGAAGAGCUAUCGAAAAACAGUGUGCGGCUUGUGCGGCGGCUUUGACUCUAUUACCGACAAUGACUUAACUACGCGGGAGGGUAUUUUGGUUGACGAUCCUGCUACUUUUGCGCAGUCCUGGACCUCGGGAGAGGACAUUUGUUUGGACACCAGAAACUAUGGGAUGAGAGGCUGCAAUCCACGCAAGGAUCAAAGGUUGUGUAGUUACAUCAAAGGAUCCGCUUUUGAAAAAUGCUUGAACAAAAUCAACGUAACAUCGUACUAUGAAGCGUGUUUAAAGGACGUGUGCGAAUGCCCGCCCAACGACCUGCAAUGCCACUGCCAAUCAUUUUCUACUUAUGUUCGCGAUUGUCAACGACUCGGGAUUCUACUUCCGAGGUGGCGAAGAUCUGUCGGAUGUUAGCUUAAAAACAAAUGAAAGCAGAUACCUUAUCUGGGCUUAUAUACAAGUAUGGCUGUUUUCAUGGAAGCAUAAUAACGGCCGAAAAUCAGAGACGCCUGAUGAAAAGGGAGAUGUCUCCACGUAUAUAAUAUGUCUUUGCAGCUUUCGCCUCGUGCUGCAAACUCACACGCGGGAGAAAAGCCUUCUUCUCCCCCUUGGCGUAUAGCAUACUAUUUGCCCGCUGAUCCAACCAAAACUUUUUAAAACACGCAUUUCUUGCCCGAGUUUGAAAAAGUAAUUUAGCUAAAAAAGUGUUUCAGUGAAAAUCAACAAAAAUAUUCGCAUGCUCAUAGUUGGCAAUAAAUUAACGUUUUGACAAAAAAA